UACGUCCGUACGACGACGUCGUGCACGCAGCAAAUGAUAGCUACACGAACACCUGUGUUAUCAAACCGGGAAGUCAUUUAAACCCAAAAGAGACGACCUUCGAGUUUCCACAUGAGGUGCCGGACUAUCAACAACAGAUAUGGAUGCCGUUUUUUUUGCUGUUGAUUCUGGAGCAACUAAUGUUGAGGAAAAAAAGAUUCCGUUUAAAUGAUCAAGUGACAUCGCUAUCUCAUUGGAUGCUCCAUGAAACUGUUCGAAUUUUUUCCCGCGGUGCGGAAUACUGUGUAUACAUCGCCAUUUAUGAGAGAUUUGGCAGAGGAUACGCUUUACCCUGGAACUCGCUAUGGACAUGGUAUAUUACCUUCAUUGCUGUGGACUUUUGUUAUUAUUGGGUUCAUCGCAGUAAUCAUGAGGUUCAUUUUUUAUGGGCCUAUCAUCAAGUUCAUCACAGUAGCGAAGAAUUUAAUUUCGCGGUUGGUUUGAGACAAUCCAUCUUGCAACAUUGGUGCAACUUUAUAAUUUAUUUACCCCUUGCCUUUUUCAUACCUUCAUCGCAUUUUAUAGUCCAUAAUCAACUCAAUUUGAUAUAUCAAUUAUGGAUACAUACGACAGUUAUUGGUAACCUUGGACCACUAGAAUUGAUUUUUAAUACACCUAAACAUCAUCGUGUUCAUCAUGGCUGCAAUCUUUAUUGUUUGGAUAAAAAUUACGGUGGUGUACUUAUAAUUUGGGAUCGAUUGUUCGGUACAUUUCAAGACGAAGAAAGAAAAGAAGAAAUAGUCUAUGGACUGGUUGUUAAUGCUGAAUCAUUUAAUGCGUUUUAUCUGCAGAUGUUCUAUUUAAAGAAUUUAAUUAAGAACAGCAUAAGUAUGAAUACGUGGGCUGAUAAAUUUGCUGUUUUUUGGAAAGGACCUAGCUGGUUUCCAGGUGGACCACGUUUGGGUUUAGAUGAAUUUAAAAUAAAGGUGAAACCCAGAGCUGUAUACGAUCCUUACUUACCAAAAUGGCAAAAAAUAUACAUUAGUGUACAGUUUCUGAUGGCUCUUUUUAAUCAUUAUAAACUAUAUAAACCACAAUAUCAUGAAAAUUUAAACGAUCCUUGGAUUAGAACUGCAGUGACGAAUAAUUUAAUUGCUCUUACUAGUAUCGGUUUAUUAUUUGAUAAGUGUGCAUUUAUAUAUUCCAGCGCUAUUGAGAUCGUGCGCUGCGCUUUUUAUGUAUGCUUUAUGCGUAUAAAUGAAGACAACUUAAUUGAUUAUUUAAUAUAUCAUGUACAUUUGUUGCAAUUAAUCUUUAUUUGGAUACCUUUUUUUUUAUACAAGACUCACGUACAUAUAUAUAAUCAUUUCUUUAAUCACGGACACGUAAACCAAAGAUCUUAA